AAGAAUGAAAUGAAAGAAACAGUUAUCGUUGAUUUGGAAUCACAUAAAAACGGGGGGCGUUUCCUCUCCAUUUUUCACAUGAACAAAAUCCUCCUAGCGACAAAAAAAUUCCAGAAUAUCGAGACAGAAAAGGUUUUUCCAUAAAGGCAGGAUAGUACAGUUGAAUGAUAGCAUUUGCGUAAUUCAUAAACGGAGCAAUGAGCCACCAAACAUCUGCUCUUAGGAAACCUUCAGGUAAAAGAAGAUUGACGAGUCUUAUGAUUCAAAGCGAUAAUCGUGUAUGUGCAGACUGUGGUGCUCCGGAUCCAAAAUGGGCAUCAGCAAAUAUUGGAGUAUUUAUAUGUUUAAAGUGUUGCGGUGCCCACAGAAGCCUCGGUGCGCAUAUUUCAAAGGUCUUGUCAGUGACUUUAGAUGAAUGGUCUGACGAUGAAAUUGAGGCAAUGAUUGAGGUCGGUGGAAAUGCGUCCGCAAAUUCUAUUUACGAGGCUUAUUUUCCCGAAGGGGUGUCGAAGCCUAAACCAGAUGCUGGCCAUGAAGAACGUCACCAAUUUAUCAGGUCUAAGUACGAACUUCAAGAUUUCUUGAAACCUAGCCUACGUAUUCUGUCUGGUUCUUCCAAUAACAGUAAGCACUCCUUACAAACAAGUUUGUCCAGGAAGAUUAUGGAUAGCUUUCGAAGUUCAAGUUCUUCACAAAACUCUAAUGGCUUGGUGGAGUUUAUUGGAAUGUUGAAGAUCAAAGUACUCAAAGGCACAAAUUUAGCUGUUCGAGAUAUGCUAUCGAGUGAUCCAUACAUUAUAUUGUCUCUUGGGCAGCAGAAAGCACAAACGAGUGUGGUGAAGAGCAACUUGAAUCCUGUGUGGAAUGAGGAACUCAAGCUUUCUGUUCCAGAAGAUUACGGCUCGAUAAAACUACAAGUAUACGAUCACGAUAUGUUCUCAGCUGAUGAUAUAAUGGGGGAGGCGGAGAUAGAUAUACAGCCGAUGAUUACAUCAGCAACAGCGUUCGGUGAUGCUGGGAUGUUUGGAGAUAUGCAGAUUGGGAAAUGGCUGAAAUCAUAUGACAAUGCACUGAUUGAAGACAGCACAGUCAACAUUGUUGAUGGCAAAGUGAAGCAGGAGCUUUGGCUAAGGCUUCAGAAUGUAGAAUCUGGUGAAGUAGAGCUUGAACUAGAAUGGGUCCCACUUGACCAAUAGUAUACUUAUAUUAAUUUUAAUUUAAUUUAAUUCUCUUUGUGUGUAUAUAUAAUUAUAUACCAAUUUUUGUUCCCUUUAUACCCUCCCCUUUUAGAUCAUUUGGAAAUAAAGUGAGAAGUUUUUUACUGUUA